AUGGCUGAGAUUUGGGGCAUGUAUAUUGGGGUUAAACUAGCAUCUGAGUUGGGGAUUAGGACGUUGGUGGUGGAAUCAGACUCAAAGUGCGCUAUAACGCUGACUCAGAAGAUGUCACCGGAGAUCCAUGGUAACUCCUCCCUCAUUCGUUCUAUCAAGGAGCUUUUGGUGAAGAUGGAAGAUGUUAAAGUUAGACACAUCUACAGAGAGGCGAAUUUCUGUGAUGAUACUCUUGCUAAACUCGGACAGGAACAUGAACUAGGAAUUAAAUUUUGGGAACAACCACCUCCAUAUUUGUUCCAUCAUCUUCUUGCUGAUGCAUGCGGGAUGAAGUUCAGCAAAAUUGCAACGGGACUGUCAGAAGGAAGCGGAGAUGAAACUGUCGAAAGGAAAGCGCAGACGGAACUGACGGAAGGAAGCGUAAACAAAACUGCCGGAAGGGAGCGCAAACGGAACUGA